GUUGGUGCUGAAGUUGCAUUGCAGGGGUGGGACUUCUGCAUUCAGAUCUUCAUCAUGCGCAGAGGAAAACCCAGACACACUUCAGAUCUGAUCUAAACGCGCGCGCGUCAGAUGUGAUCGAAUCCUGCACGUGCAUCUGAUGCUGUAUUGCGCGUUAAUUGAUGGAUGAAAGUGUGUGUGAGCAGGAGAGGGAGAAACAGACACUGCUGAAGGUGGCACUAUGUCUGUGCAGGGUCAGGAUAUUUCUGAAUAUCAUCUAAGCGUGGUGCUCAACCCGCCUGGCUGGGAAGUGUUUUUGUAUGUGUUUGGGUUCCUGGUUCUGUUUGCUGUGGUUAUAGUGAAUCUGUGGAAAUUAUAUAAAUCCGGCUCCUUCCCGACUCCCUCUCCGUUCCCAAACUUUCACUACCGCUACCUGCAGGAGAAAUAUGGCUCCUCCCACUCUGAGGUCAGACAGAAGCGUGUUGCAGCUUCCAACCAGCGGAGGGCGUCCUCUGCGAGCCGAAAGCCGAGUCUCCAGCUGUUGGACACUCCAGAUGGUCUUCGGGAUCUCGGGACGCUGGAGCUGAUGAGCCGAGAGCUGGAUCCGAGCGGAAGCACCCUGAACCGCUCCGUGUCCUCUGAAUCGCUGUGCUCCAUCUCGUCCAUCGCUCAAACCUUCGGGCACGACUUCACGGUGGGGCAGCUGGAGGUCACGCUGGAGCUGGACACUCGCGCUUCUCUUCUGCUCGUCUCACUGCACCAGGGGAAAGACCUGCUGGAGAAGGAGGAGGAGAACUUCCCGGGAUGCUGCAUCACCGUCACGCUGGUCCCUCAGCAGAUCAGCCUGGGAGCCACACGGGUCCAGAGAAACGCCUUCACCGUGGUGUUUGACCAGCGGUUUUCUGCUCCGCUGGAUUCAGUAAAUCUGGAUGAGAACAGUCUGCGCUUCUCCACCUUCGGCGUGGAUUCAGACGAACGGCACAUCAGUGCUGGAGUGGCAGAACUUAAACUGUCGGAUCUGGACCUUCCGUUCCGGCCGUUUAACGCCUGGCUUUACCUGCAGGACAUCAACAAGGCUGUGGAUGCUGUGGGCGAGAUCCUGUUGUCCCUCAGUUAUUUGCCGACUGCUGAACGUCUCACCGUGGUCAUCGCCAAAGCCAAGAACCUGCUCUGGACUAAUGGAAAGACCACGGCAGAUCCGUUUGUGAAGGUGUACCUGCUUCAGGACGGCAGGAAGAUCAGUAAAAAAAAGACGUCCGUAAAAAGGGAUGAUACCAACCCCAUCUUCAAUGAGGCUAUGAUCUUCUCAGUGCCAGCCAUCGUCCUGCAGGAUCUCUCUUUGAGAGUGACUGUCGCUGAGAGCACAGAGGACGGCCGUGGUGAAAACGUGGGUCAUGUGAUCAUCGGGCCAGAGGCCAGUGGAAUGGGAAUAACUCACUGGAACCAGAUGCUGGCGACUUUGCGGAAACCAGUUUCAAUGUGGCACCUGCUCCGGAGGACCUAAGUCCUGACCCCUGACCUCUGACCCCCGACUCCUGUCUGCAUGGUGCCUACUGUCUAACUGUCCUAACAGUAAAGACGUUUGAAUAUAAAGAGAAAAUCGUUGCGUCACAGCUGUCCCGAGGGUGGAUGGAUCUUUAAAGAGAGAAAGAGAGCUAAAUCGGCGGCUCAGGAUGUCUCAUCUGUAAGGGUCUUUGAAAUCCAGGUUUUCUAAUCCAGGUUAACUUUAUUUCUACAUAUGAUAACAGGGUGGCUGGUCUUGUGCUGCAACCUUUGGGGGGAAAUUGCAGUAGCCACAUUCUGUUGUACUAAAAAGUACAGCAUAAAAAAUAAGACAUUUUUGUUUGGCCAUAGGUAUUUAUUAUUAUUCAUUUUAGGG